AGAAGAAAAAGCCUUGCUGAGUUCCGGGUUAGUAUAUGCUUGUUCUCCAAGACGCCUUCAAGUUCUGGUUCACGGAUUUAUACAAAAAGAACCAUCCAGAGUUAGGAGGAGAAGUAAACGAAAGACAAUCGGAAGAGAUCUGAUAGUAGAAGGAGAAAACAAUGGAGUGCGUAUUCGGACUUGUCGGAAACGGAUUCGCACUGGUGGUCGCCGACACCUCCGCCGUGCACAGCAUCCUCGUCCACAAAUCCAACGAGGACAAAAUCAUGAUCCUCGAUUCCCACAAGCUCAUGGGCGCUAGCGGUGAAGCUGGAGAUAGAAUUCAAUUUACUGAGUAUAUCCAGAAGAACGUGUCCCUCUAUCAGUUCAGAAACGGAAUUCCUCUGACUACUUCGGCUGCAGCAAACUUCACUCGGGGCGAACUUGCCACUGCCUUGCGGAAGAAUCCAUAUUUUGUGAACAUCAUCCUUGCUGGCUACGAUAAGGAGACUGGUCCUUCACUAUACUACAUUGAUUACAUUGCAACUAUGCACAAAGUUGACAAGGCAGCAUUUGGCUACGGAUCCUAUUUCUCACUUGCCAUGAUGGAUAGGCACUACAGGAAGGACAUGACAGUCGAGGAAGCCAUUGAUUUGGCAGACAAGUGCAUAGUGGAGAUUCGGUCUAGGUUGGUUAUGGCCCCACCAAAUUUCGUGAUAAAAAUUGUUGACCAGAAUGGGGCUAGGGAGUAUGCGUGGCGUGAAUCAAUCAGGGAUGAUCAGGACCCCACGUCUGGGUCUGCCUAAGUUAUUAGGUGGUGAAUCUGCUUUGUAACAGUCUCAACAAUGUUAGAGUUCGAGAUGAAGUUGUCAUGGAGUGUUGCAGCACUUUUAACAUUUUAAAUAUCUUUUUUGAUUCAGUAUUGCUAUAAAAAUGUUCUUGUAGAACUAUUGUGCCAAGAUGGGGAGGCCUUGAACUUUGUUCUCUGUUUGAUCGUGUUCUCUAGUUAAGAUGCUUUGCUUUUGAAUGAAUAUCUUCCAUUUCUGCAAGAUGAUACUCAAAAAUGCACCUUAAUAUAUUUUGCUUUUGAUGAAAUAC